AUGGCUCACGCGUCGGCACGCUGCCCCAGCGCCCGGGGCUCCGGGGACGGCGAGAUGGGCAAGCCCAGGAAGGUGGCGCUCAUCACCGGCAUCACCGGGCAGGAUGGUUCCUACUUGGCCGAGUUUCUGCUGGAGAAAGGCUACGAGGUCCAUGGAAUUGUACGGCGUUCCAGUUCGUUCAACACAGGUCGAAUUGAGCAUCUGUAUAAGAACCCCCAGGCUCAUAUUGAAGGAAACAUGAAAUUGCACUAUGGUGAUCUCACUGACAGUACCUGCCUUGUGAAGAUCAUUAAUGAUGUGAGGCCUACGGAGAUCUACAACCUCGGAGCCCAGAGCCACGUCAAAAUUUCUUUUGACUUAGCUGAGUAUACUGCGGAUGUUGACGGGGUCGGCACUUUACGGCUUCUGGAUGCAGUUAAGACCUGUGGCCUUAUCAACUCUGUGAAGUUCUACCAAGCCUCAACAAGUGAACUUUAUGGGAAGGUGCAAGAAAUACCCCAGAAGGAGACCACCCCUUUUUAUCCUCGGUCACCCUAUGGGGCAGCAAAACUCUAUGCCUACUGGAUCGUGGUGAACUUCCGUGAGGCAUAUAAUCUCUUUGCAGUGAAUGGCAUUCUCUUCAAUCAUGAGAGUCCCAGAAGAGGAGCUAAUUUUGUUACUCGAAAAAUUAGCCGGUCGGUAGCUAAGAUUUACCUUGGACAGCUGGAAUGUUUCAGUUUGGGAAACCUGGAUGCCAAGCGAGAUUGGGGCCAUGCCAAGGACUAUGUCGAGGCUAUGUGGCUGAUGUUGCAGAAUGAUGAGCCGGAGGACUUUGUCAUAGCUACUGGUGAAGUCCACAGUGUCCGGGAGUUUGUGGAGAAGUCAUUUCUGCACAUUGGAAAAACCAUUGUGUGGGAAGGAAAGGAUGAAAAUGAAGUGGGCAGAUGUAAAGAGACUGGCAAAGUGCACGUGACUGUGGAUCUCAAGUACUACCGACCAACCGAAGUGGACUUUCUGCAAGGAGACUGCACCAAAGCGAAACAGAAGCUCAACUGGAAGCCCCGGGUCGCCUUUGACGAGCUGGUGAAGGAGAUGGUGCACGCGGACGUGGAGCUCAUGAGGACCAACCCCAACGCCUGAGCGCGGCCGCACAGCCCGGCGCCGCCGCCCGCCCGCGCGCCGGGGGACUCGUAGCAGCCAGGACGUGACACUCCGGGGUUCGGACCGCUUUGCUUCUGUCGAAGAUUCCUCUCAGUGGUUUAAUGAAAUCAGGAUGUUUUAAUCACAUAUUCACUUUACUUGGAAUUAUGUCGUUAGGCAACAAAUUGUGGGGCCUUCGAAUUGCUUUUUUCUCUUCUUAUUAAA